GCAAGGAGUUAAAAUACGCACAUAGCCAACGUAGACACAUGUAACGUUGACAAUCAGAGAAAAAAACAGCAAACAAAUAUAAACGGAGGAAGACGGAUUCAGACGCAGCCAGUGAAACCAUAAGAAGUGAGAACACACAGCUAUCCUGGGAAAUUACUCUGUCGACAGACGGCACAUUGAGACUUCGUUAGCACAACCACCCAGCCUAGUGCCUCUCCAGCCUGAUUGAACAGAGCAACUCUCCAUGACAGAGUAAACAAAGCAGAAUCACAGGCAUGAUGAGACUAAGGAGUGAGAGAAGGGGGAGUCCCAUUGGCAUUCUUUAACAUCUCCGUUGCUCACUUGUGUUCAGAGAGCCAUCUGUAGAUCAGGAAGACAAAAAGAAGCUCCUGAGCCUCAGCGUCACUCAACAGGGUUGUUCCAGGAGUGUUGAAGGUCAGGUGUCAGCAGUGAAAUGGACUUCUUGUCAGCAUGGAUUGUGUCUCCUUCAGCUCUACCGUUUCUCUGCCUCAUCUGGGGCACACAUGCCCAGCAGGCCUUCAGGUCUGAGCCCAGGAACCUCACUGUGCGGAUGGGAGCCACAGCCGUGUUGAGGUGUGAGGUGCUGCGGGCCUCAGGGACGGUGCAGUGGGUGAAAGAUGGCCUCCUACUGGGACCACAGAGAAGCCUGCCAGGCUUUCCACGCUACAGCAUGAUUGGAAACCCCACUAGAGGGCAGUAUCACCUUCAGAUUGAGAAGGCCCAACUGGAAGAUGACGCCUCCUAUGAAUGUCAAGUGGGCCGGUCUGAGAGCAGUCAAGCAAUCAUUUCCAGUACAGUCUGGGUCAACAUGCUAAUUCCUCCUUCCAAGCCAUACUUUGAAGUGGACAUGGCAACACCUUGGACGGCGGGGAAGAAAUACGUUGUCACCUGUAUCGCCCCUGAUGCAAAGCCCAUGGCUGAAAUCACACUUUAUAAAGAUGGAGUCGAGCUGACAGGUGUAGAGUCUUUUAACAUGUCUGGCUCAAAGGAUAAGCUCCUGAAUACGCAUGCUGAAGUAAUAGUCACCGCUCUGAGCUCUGACAACGGGAGGCAGCUGGCAUGUAAUGCCAAGAAUCCCGCCCUUUUCCGGCCUGUGGAGACAACGAUGACCAUGAGCGUGCAAUUCCCGCCUCAGCCUCCUGUUAUUGUAGGUCUGGAGAGAGAGGACGUCAAAGCGGGGAGAACGCUCGUGUUGGAGUGUGUGUCUCAUGGUGGAAACCCCCUAGCUACUCUCCACUGGACCAAGAAUGGAGAAGUUCUGUCCACGACUUGGAAAAAGGACGUUGUGGCACAGAAGUCCAUCAGUAUCCUCUACUGGAAGAUCACACCCGCAGAUAACCAGGCAGUGCUGUGCUGUGAGAGCGUCAAUCUGGUGUCCCUGUCACCUCUGUCUGUCAGCCGCAAAAUCACUGUGCUCUUUGAGCCUGCAGAGGUGACACUGUUGGGUGAGUUCACGACCAUUGAGGGACAGAACUUGGUUCUGAGCUGCUACACCACCUCCAGUAAUCCGCCUGUUCAGAUCCGCUGGUGGCUGGGCUACAAGGAGCUCAACAGCAGUGUUGCAACUAUCGAAGAGGGAGACAAUGGUGGGAUGAUAACCAUAUCCAACAUGACCCACGUGGUCUCCCGGGAGGAUGAUGGGCUGCAACUCACUUGUGAGGCUUUCAAUAAGGGCACACACUUCUCCAAGUCCCAGAACGCCAUAAUCAAUGUCUAUUACCCACCUCUAAAGGUGUGGCUCGAUACUCCCCCUCAAGAUGUCCCCCUCCGUUCAGGGACCACAGUCCAUCUCAUCUGCUUCUCCACUGGAGGGAAUCCCCCUGGGACUCUGACUUGGUUCAAGAAUGGAAAGGCUUUGUCCGAUGCACUGAGACAGACAUCCUUUGAUCGCGGUGUGGCUCGAGAACUGGUCCUGGUCCUGACGGCCAGUGACAACAUGGCCACCUACCGCUGUGAUGCCACAAAUAAAGCAAAGAAGACAAUCUCUGCCCACACUAAGCUCAUGGUUAACUUUACAGCAAUAAGUAUGAAGAUCUCAACCAAACAGGAGGAGCUACGUCGGGGUCAGAUGCUUACUCUGGAGUGCCAGUCUGGAAGCAGUAACCCCAAGGCCAGCAUCUCCUGGAGCUUGGGCGCACUCAGGUUCCAGGGAGUGGAGCAGCCACCCAAGAGGGCUCAGUUUGGUGGUGUGUCAGUGCACAGUUCUCUAUCCCUGAAUCUGAGUUCACAGCAUCACAACCAGAGGGUCAUUUGCCAGGCCUACAGUCCUGUGCUAGCAGAGGGGGCUAACACAUUCUUUAAACUCAAUGUGCUUUACCCACCAGAGUUUAGCCCAGAGCAGCCAACGAAGGUUCAGGUGGUGGAGAACUACAUGGCAACCAUCCCACUGCUGGUCUCAGCUAACCCAGAGAAGGUCUCCUGCAUUUGGCUGCACCGCAGGGAGAAGCUGGUCAAAGUGGGGUAUCUGCGCUACAACUGGUCAGACGAGAACGCACUGGAAAUCAGGAAUGUGACGAGGAAUAAUGCCGGAGUUUACACGGUCAAGUGUUCAAAUGAUGAGGGUGUCAACCAAACCUCCAUCAUGCUGGACGUUCAGUAUGCUCCCAGUGUCAAGGCAGAGAAAGACCCUGUGUUAGUGAACCUGGGGGAAACGGCAGACCUGAUAUGUGUGGCAGAUGCCAACCCCAUUAUAUCUGACAUGUUCUUUUGGAAAUGGCUGGGAGAAGGGGAGGUGGAGGUGGGACAGGAGACCCAGGAAGACAAAUAUGGCCUUCUGACCAUCCACAAUGUGACUCGGGCUCAUGCUGGUCUUUACCAGUGCACAGCCAAUAAUGGCAUAGCACCCCCUGCCACUGUAGAUGUGCAGCUGAUAGUGCAAUUCAAACCAGAGAUUCAGAAAGGAGCCCAAUGGCGGAAGGUAGCAAGUAGAGGGGAUGGCACCACUACAGCUGAGGUUGUGUGUUGGGCAGAAGGUAUUCCUCGUGUCGACUUCUCUUGGGAAAAAAAUGGUGUACUUAUGGACUUUGCAAACCACAGGUAUGAGGAGCAGACUGUGAGCGAGGGCUCCUUCCAAACCAGCACAGUCAGAGUUAUAAAUGUGAGCGCGGCUCUGGACUAUGCUGUCUUCAGCUGCACUGCUCGCAACUCACUUGGGGAAGACAAGCUAGACAUCCAACUCGUCAGCACAAAUCACCCAGAUCCUCCGACGUCGUUUCGUAAAGUCAGCGUCUCCCAUGACUCGGUCACUCUGGAGUGGAUCCCCAGCUUCAAUGGUGGUUUGCAGCAAAGAUUUCGUAUAAGAUACCGUUCUGAUCAGUCAGCCAGUUUCCUCUACAUGGACGUCUUUCCUCCCAGAGCAUCAACCUUCACCGUCACUGGCCUGAAGCCUGUCACCACCUACAACUUCUCUGUCAAUGCCCUUAAUGCAAUUGGAGAGAGUGGCUAUGCUGACAACAAUGCAGUACUCACCAUCACCACCAUGGAGAGGCCAGAAGAAGAAGUCCCAGACGAGGAGAGAGGAUAUUUGACAGAAGUCUUGACAGUGGUGUUUGGAGUCCUGCUGGUAUUGAAUUCACUGGGUUGCUUCUUUGGAUUGAGGUGGAAGAAAAGGCAAGGCCAGACAGGGGGUAAAGGAGGCAGUGUAUUGAGUGGAAAGAAGAAUAAAGAGGACGGGUCCAGUCAGUCAGCUGUAAGCAACUCCAAUAAGUAUGAGAGCAGAGAAAAGAUCAACGCCGCAGCCCAGCGCACCCUCCUACUCGACUCUGGAUCUGAAAGUGACAGCAAUGUCUACGAGAGCUAUGCGGCGGAAAGUUCCCAUUAUUAUUACCCCACCGGUGACUACAUGCCUCCUCUCAGCCCACUCCCUGAGGAAACGCGUAGGCUUGAUGUCACCCACCUCCCCUUGGACGCUCACAGCCAUCUGUAUGAAUAUGUAAGAGACGGGGGUCUGUACCAGGACAUCCUGGCUUCCCCUCUUCCUUCCCCUCCGUCUUUGUUUGACCACAGAUUGCCUCAUCAAAGGAAUGAGUGGAGAUCACCAACCUACCCUCAGCAGGCUGCUGAGAGAGCGAGGGAUGUUCGACAACUGCAGAGAGAUUCUGAUCUUCCCUUUGAACUCCGAGGCGAAUUAGUCUAGAAGGAGAAGGUCAGAGCACACAAAUGCGCUAUGACGGGGUUUGUGACUCAACAGUAGUCAUUGAGUACAGUGUUGUAUAGGAGAUACAUACAAUGUUCCUUUUUGUUUUAUUCCUUUUGAAUGGUCACCUUAAAUGUACCUUUUACAAGAGUAGAAUGUAGCUGAAUGCUUGAUGUAAAAUGUCAUAUAAUACAGUAUUUCACUUUCACAAUUUUUCUGUCUAUAUUGUUAACAUUGAGUUGGUCCAGAGUAAGGUAUGGCAAACUGAAGAAGCUGAACAGAAGCAAACUAGAAAAAAAAUUGAAAGCCUCAAUAACCUCAUGGAAAAAGAAUGUCCAAAUGCUACUGUAUAUGCUUUUUCUUUUAACACGGACGGGCACAAGCUUAUUUUUGUUCUCCCUCUGUUAUCUCACUCCUCUCACUCCUCCCUUGACCUCGCUUUGUUCUUUCGCCUUUACUCUCUUUCUUGGAGCCAAGACACGGUCAUUCCCCUUCUUUGGCCUGCAGGUAGACAUGAAUCAGUCAGUUAGAGACAAAAAUGGACUGACAACGCUUAGUUUGGCACUGGGGCAGAAGCAGCACGGAGUCACAAUGCCACCCAAGCAGACAGCAUCUUUUUGACCCAUCCAAUGUCAACAACAGUGGCCUGUCCCUCCCCUCUCUGAUACAAAGACUUUCACAGUUAGUCCGUUGGAAUUCCUACAAUUGGAUAGUACUGAGUGGUAUUUAGCAUGGUUAUGUCUUCAGGAGGUAAAACCAUAUUUAGGGCCAUACUCUAAUCCUGUUUUCUCUCGGAUUGAAGUUCAGCUCACAGCUUCAGUGAGAGAGAGGCCGUGCAGGGAAUUUGUCUCACUGAGAUUGGUCAGUCAAAUAGAGAUAGAGUCAGGAAGAGAGGGUUAGGCUAAGCUGCUACUGUGUCUAUGGCUAC